CCAAGCACCACCAGUUCCUGAUGAGAUUGUGGUGAGACUUGUGCAGCCCUGUCACGCCCACAGCGCCCCCUUUCUGCCCGGACGGCCCACCACGCCCCGGUGCAUAUGAAAGGGUACCAUGUCAGCCGCAGCUUGUCCCAGCAUUCCUCCGGUGGUGGCGGAGGAGGGCCUUGUCACUGCCCACCCGAGGACUGCGAUGGCCCAGGCAGAGACUACUACCACGGUCAUAACGACGGCCACUACUACCCUCCGGGAGGCCCGGCGGAGGCUUUGGCGCUGGAGAGACACCAUUCCCACUCCCAUUCUCACAGCCACUCGGGCGGGGGCACCUUCCCUCGCUCGCACCCCAGCCAGCAUCCGCCUUUGCAGUCGUUUGACUCAUGCGAGGAAUGCUUAUCGUCGGGUCACGGAGGUAAGAUGCACCGCAUCCCUCCGAACCUGAUGGAUCAGUUUGAGAAGCAGGUACCCUUCCAUCCCGACGGCUUCCACACGCUGCAGUAUCAGCGCACCACCAGCGGGGGUGCCGAGCAGCGCAGCGAGAGCCCCUCGCGUAUCCGCCACCUGGUUAACUCGGUGCAACGGCUUUUUGCCAAGUCCCAUUCCUUGGAGGCUCCUUCCAAACGGGAGUACAACGGCACGAGAGGAGGCGGGGACUACCGAGGUGAGAGAGGAGGGGGUCACAGGAGCGGAGGGGAGGACGCCGGGGGUCACUACUCCGGCCACCAGUCUCGCUCCGCUCGGAGAAACAAGUCUCGAGAGCGCAGUAAGAGCGGAGACUCUCGACACGAGUCGGGCAGACGACACCGCAGCAGGACGGCCGGCUGGUGGAGCUCGGAUGACAACUUGGACAGCGACAGCAGCUUCCUUGUGAGUGGCGGCAGGAAAGGAUAUCCCGGCGGGCACGAGAGCCUGGAUGCGGCCAUCCAGGAGCUCACCAUGAAGAGGCCCAAGGAGCGAGGCGGCGGGCCGGGGCCUGCCGAGUGCAUGGCCUGUACCACCAUUGCACUGGCAGGAAGCGAAGGAGGCGGACACCUGGCUCACCCCGGUCACUCCAUGAAAAGGAGCACGUGGUCGGCCAUGACGGUCAGUCAAGCCAGGGAGGUGUACCCUUCUCGGGGGGGAGGAGGCGGAGGAGGAGGCUAUGACAAAGCUCUGGUGCCCGUUGAGAACAAACUCAAGGAGAGGACUCUGCAUUAUCUGCAGGUUCCCUCAGAAGACUGGGGGGGCGGAUACGGCGGCACAGACGGCGGCGGUGAGAUUCCCUGCCGUCGCAUGCGCAGCGGCAGCUACAUCAAGGCCAUGGGCGACGACGACAGCGCCGAUUCAGACAGCAGCCCCAAAGCCUCGCCCAAGUCCACCCUGAUCGCUCAGAGGGAUGCCUUCAGACGAUCCAUCAGCAUGGAUCAAAGGUAUUCAUGUAAGCAGUGUACGGACUCCUAUCCGAACAGCCGGACAACACCCAAGUCCCACGCGCGCUCGCGCAGUUACACUCGCUCGCUGACCAGCUCUCAGUUGGGAGACACCUUGGACAGACAGUUUGAGGCCGUGUGCGAGACCAUGUUCGGGGAGGUGGAGUCCCAAGCGGUCGAGGCUCUGGAUCUCCCGGGGGUGUUCCGCACACGUAGCCACAGCUAUGUCCGCGCCAUUCAGGCCGGCUGUUCCCAGGACGACGACUGUCUCUCCGUAUUCUCUCUGUCUGGUCCCCAGGGAAGCGUCAAGGCGGGAGCUGUCUUUCCUUAUCGCAAAGGUGCUCCUCCCCCACUCCCACCUCGCAUGUCCAAGUCUUCGCUGUCCGUGCGAGCCCAGAGCAGCACCGAGUCCAACCAGGACGCCUACUACCAGAGCAGCCACGGGCGCUCCAAACCGCACAGUAACUCGGUGGACCUGGGCUGCGCCGACGGAACUUCGGGACGCUCUUCCAGAGUGGGCUAUUACGCAGCCACGGGCCCGGGGCGUUCCCGGCAGCACAGUAACUCAGCAGAGAGCCUGGAUGGAGGGAUGAGGGGCUCGCGGGAGAUGGUGCCCUACGGAGGAGGUCCGGGAGUCGGCGUGCGGGCCAAACACAGCAGCUCAGCUGACAGUUUGCUGGAGGGGCCGCCCAGGGCGGCCCGGGAGAGGGACGGUCGGGUUGGGGGAAGCCUGGGGAAGUCGGUCUCCCUGCCACAGAACAGCAUUGUUUUGAGUAAAGCUGGAGGGCAGGACGACGGAUGCGGUGGCAGGAAAUGGAGGCCGUCCAUCGCUGUGCAGGUUGACAGUUCAGAAACUCUGUCCGAUUCAGACGCGGAUGGCAAAGCUGUGACAGAGGUUCAUUCAAUCGGAGUGCAGGUGGAAGAUGACAAAAGACGGGCCCGUUUCAAGCGCUCCAACAGCGUGACGGCGAGCGUGCAGGCCGACCUGGACCCCGAGGGCUUCCCGGGGCUGAGCGUUGCCGUGCCAAUGCAGGACAAGAGUCUCCAGUUCGGUUGCUCCUUCCAACGGCAUUCAUCGGAACCGGAGUCAGCUGGCCAGUUCACGGAAUGCCACCGCACCGUGCAUACGCAGGGACAGUGGGCUUAUCGAGAGGACUUUAUCCAGAGUGGCUACACCACAGAGGCUUGCCCAGGAGACCCACGGUCGCACCAGCAUCAGCACCUUCCUCCGCGUUCCCAUUCGCCACUCCCCCUCACAUCAGAGCGAGGGUGGGCGGGGACGCCCUCCUUGGAGGGUCCCCGGAGCCUGCCCGACUCGGGUCGAGCCUCCCCCUGCAUGAGGGACGGAGAAUUCUUCUUGCGCCUCCUGCAAACGGAAGUGGAGAGGAUGGAGGGCUGGUGUCAGAACAUGGAAAGGGAGGCUGAGGAGAACGAACUCCCAGAGGAGAUUCUCGAGCUGAUUCGCAAUGCAGUUGGCAGUGCUCAGAUGCUCAUGUCUCAGAAGGUUCAGCAGUUCUUCCGUCUCUGCCAACAAAGUGUGGACCCGUCUAGUUACCCCCAGCCCACCUCUCAGGACCUAGCAGGCUUGUGGGACCUACUUCAGCUCAACAUAGAAGACAUCCGGGUCAAGUUUCAGGAUCUCCAGAGGCUCAAAGACUCUGGCUGGAAACCCCCCGUAGAAAAGAAGGAAGACAAGAAGCUUCCUCCUCCCUUACCAAAGAAGCCGGCGGGCGGGGUGAGUGGCAGCCUCCGGGCAGAUAGCGUCGGUGAAGGAGGGGGCGGAGGCGGGUCGGGGGGCCUGGUGGUGCCUCGUGUCGGGGGACACACCCUACCGCUGAGGGAGAAGUCUCUGGACCUCGUGGACCGUCAGAGGACAGAAGCAAGGAGGAGGCUGCUACAGACCAAGCGUACUGCCUCCUUCAGGCAAAAUUCGGCCACAGAGAGCGCAGACAGUAUCGAAAUCUACAUUCCCGAAGCCCAGACUCGACUCUGAAAUCCACCUCAGCCAUUUCACUCUGACCAGUGACCCGGACCUUUGCAGCUCUGGAUUAUCUGCAGGUCAUUUUAACUCCUCCCCUUCCUCUAAGACGAGAUCAUUCCCAUACACUUCCCAUUACUCUCAAUUCCGUUCGCAAGCAGUAACAGCCAUUUGGGUGUCUUGAAAAUUGCACAUAUUAUUGGCACAGAGGCCUAAAAAAAAAAAAAAAAAAGUAGGGGUAGCAAACGGAUAAGAAUCAUCGCCUAUUUAUAUAGUUAUUUAUGCAUUUAUAGUUUUGCUGAGGACAAACAAGAAACACCCCUCUUUUUGUUACGGUGAAUUGCUGAGGCUCUCGCCCUGGUUCGUAGCAUGCCUGGUCAUGUUCACCCAGCACUUGUACAUCACUGAAAAUAAAGGGCUUAUUAACAGGCACAAAACCUCCACGACGGGAGAUGAUGAGACUUCACCUAUUCCUGUUGCCACCCUUGGACAUUCGUUGGCUGUGAUUUGCCCCAGCUACAUGUAUCCAUACUCUUCUCUGACACUGCCAGGAUGGAGAACGAGCCACGCCCUGAUGGUUCGCUGUCCCUGCCUAUUCUUCGCACCGGAUUUUGUUUGCUUUAGCAUCGAUCACAUUCAUGAAAAAGAGCAUCUGGACCACACUUGGGGUGGAAAAAAAAAAAAUUAUGUGAAAUACUGUCUUGCGAGAAAUGAGUCGUAAUGGGACGAGAGCAGCCAUCGUCUUUGGAGGAAAAGGUCACGGCACAUGAAUAAAGUCGGGAUGUUCGGAGAAUGGUCCUAUUUUGGAAGAAAUAUCCGAGUCAAAAUAUGAGAAUGAAGUUCUCGAUGUAAUGUGACUUUAUUCUUGUCAAAGGACUAUUUCACCUCUCAAAUUUAGACUUCUAAUAAUACAAUUGUAUUCCGCUUAAUAUGCAAAUCUAUAAUUCCAUAUUUUUUUUCUUCCCCAGUGAGGCCCACAUUCUCCUUUCAACGCCAGAUUUUCUUGAAUGAACAGUUGCUAUUCUGUCUGGAGUGUGCACGCUCAUUCUUGCCAAACGGAGCAUUUGCAGGGUCGCAUCAGAGCUUUGACAGCAAGGGAGCAUCACAGGCCACAAAAAUAGUCACGUUCGAUUGGCUGAAGUGGCUUCUCAGGACUCCACCGAGGGGAGACGGGGAGGGCUCCAUUUCACUGUGAGGUUAGAGCACCACCAAGUGGUCAAUUUCGGAAAAGCAGCAGACCGAACAAGAUGCCCUUACGAAAACAACCAGACAUGACAGAAAGAAGUGGUUGCCCUUGACCUGCUCUUGCCCAUCAAAAAGUGAAUAUUGACUCGACUCAAUAGUUAAAAGCAAGAAUGGCAUAUCUUAUUUAUCCACAUGAGGAGCCUCAGCUUGGGAAAUUGCUUCCAAAGAGAGUGGUCACAAGAUGAAAAGGAAGCUGCUGGGUCGCGGGUGUCUUUGGAUGAGAUUGACUUUUGGCUCUUUGGUGUUUUGAC